GGCAUGCGUUUCCGUUACCAGUGUGAAGGGCGAUCAGCUGGCAGCAUUCCAGGCGAGCACAGCACGGAUAUCAAUCGGACUUUCCCAGCUAUACAGAUUUUUAACUACUUUGGAAAAAUUAAAAUUAGAGUAACAUUGGUCACCAAGAAUGAGCCCUACAGGCCGCAUCCCCACCGGCUGGUUGGAAAAGACUGCGAAAAUGGCUACUACGAAGCUGAAUUUGGGCCAGACCGCAGAGUCUUAAGCUUUCAGAACCUGGGUAUCCAAUGCGUGAAGAAAAGAGAGCUCAAAGAAUCCAUCAUCUCACGAAUCGCAAAUAACAUCAAUCCCUUCGGGGUGUCCCAAGAGCAGCUGAUGGCUAUUGAAGAAUAUGACCUCAACGUGGUACGACUCUGCUUUCAAGCUUUCCUCCCUAACGAACGUGGCGAUUUCACCCUAGCCAUUCCUCCAGUCAUCUCAAACCCUAUUUAUGACAAUAGAGCUCCAAAUUCAGCAGAACUGAGAAUCUGCCGUGUGAACAAGAAUUGCGGAACUGUGAAAGGAGGAGAUGAAAUUUUUCUUCUGUGUGACAAAGUUCAGAAAGAUGAUAUAGAAGUCAGAUUUUCCAAUAAUGAAUGGGAAGCCAAGGGAAUCUUCUCACAAGCAGAUGUGCACCGCCAAGUAGCCAUUGUGUUCAGGACCCCUCCCUUUUACAAAGACGUCGCCGAGCCAGUAACCGUGAAGAUGCAACUGCGGAGACCCUCGGAUCAAGAAGUCAGUGACCCAAUGGAUUUCAGAUACCUGCCAGAGGAAAAAGAUCCUUAUGGUAAUAAGGCAAAAAGACAGAGGUCCACAACGGCUUUACAAAAGCUCAUGCAAAAUUGUGAUCCAAGUGUAUAUGAGAGGCCUAAAGCUGUUGCUUUCCAGACCGCUGCCACCGACGGAAAGAUAAUUAAGAAAGAGCUGAAUAUGUACCAAUCCCAAACUGCAACUGUGGUCCCAGUGCAGAGAGCACCUAUGAACAGAUCUCCAGUACCAUUGUACUAUUCUCGUCCCAUGAGCAAUUCAAAUGGGUGCCCAGCCCCAACCCUGACGAUGGCAGGGUCCUUUAAGCAGGACGCAGCUCCUUCCCCAUGCUGGCGUUCCUCGUCUUUGAUUCAGCAAGCCAACCUGAUGGUGGAUGCCUUGCAUCCUAGCGCACAGAAUGGCAGCACAGUGUCGCUAGGGCAGGAAAACGGCCAGAACUGGCCCAAUCAAACAGAUGUCUAUGGAGGAUACUUUGAUGCAACAAAUAGCCAAAGGUCGUUACCAUCGUCAGUUUCCCCUCAAGAUAGUCUGAAUGUCUCUGGAGCUGUCACUGGCCAACCUAUUCAACAUGUGAACAUCCCAGUGUCCAAUGGCGUCAGCAUGGAGAUGGAGGAUUCUAGAUGUUCAAGUGUAACGUUGGAGUCCCUCGCUCAAGUUUUAAAUCCAACCAAUCACAGGAGACCAGGCCAGGCAGCCCCACAGGCCAGUACAUCAGUAGCUGCUCCUUGUAAUACGUCUCUGAGUUCCAUGUCCAAUACAUUUGAACUAAAUUCCUACCACUUCCUGGACAGCCUCAACGAAUCAAGACUACCUAGCAACCCCAAUCUUCAGAAUCAAGUAAACGGUCCUAGUAACCAGUAUUUCAGUCCAUAUAUUACCCAAGAAGAGCUCCUGAAUCCCUUUGGAGACCACUUUGAUGACAUGGUUUGA